UCUAUCCAACAGCUAACGUUAGCCGCCGCUGGGCUAACAGGACGCUACAGCGGUCCACUCUACACGACCUAGCAUUAGCAAUAACAGCCAGAGCAGCAUCACGGAGUGUUUGCUUCAGAAAACUACUAAUAUCCUCUCAGGUGCAGGUGUAGCUGGGGUGCAGAGGGACCCGCGAUGUUGAACCCGGCCAACGGCGACCCGAGCCACGUUGUUGUGAAUUAUGUUGAGGAGUAUUUGGACCUGGUGGAGUCACUGCCUUUUGACUUGCAGAGGAGUGUGUCCCUUAUGAAGGAGAUCGAUGCCAAGUAUCAAGAUGUUCUGAAGGAGCUUGAUGAUGCUUACGAGCGGUAUCGCCGGGAAUCUGACUCACUUCAGAGGCGAAAGCUUCAGUUAUCCAUUCAGAGAGCACUGAUUCGCAGUCAAGAGCUCGGAGAUGAGAAGAUCCAGAUUGCCGGUCAAAUGGUGGAGUUGGUCGAGAACCGAACGCGACAGAUAGACUGGCAUUCUGAACUUCUCCUUUCCUCUCAAGAAGUCCCAGAGAGCCACGUUCCCACAGCAACAUCCAUGACAACCACUGCAGCGUCCAUGAUGUCGUCCUCAUCAGCCACUAUCACUCCAGGCAAAACUAGCCACCAUGACAAGAAACGCGAUGAGGUUACCCCGGGCUCAGGUGGCGGAGACAAAGCCGGAGGGAAGCGCUCAAGACGUCAGAAAAACGGAGACAACCGGGAAAGUUACAGCGGCCUGGAUCACGCCGAGGAAGUGGGCGUGGGGGCAUCCCGGGAAAAGAGGGCCAAGACGUCAUCGAAGAAGAAGAAAAGGUCAAAAGGAAAGUCUGAGAGAGAAGUGUCGCCUCCAGACCUGCCCAUCGAUCCAGACGAGCCGACAUACUGCCUGUGUGAGCAGGUGUCUUACGGCGAGAUGAUCGGCUGUGAUAACGAUGAAUGUCCCAUUGAGUGGUUUCAUUUCUCUUGCGUUGGGCUCCAUCAUAAGCCCAAGGGCAAGUGGUACUGCCCCAAGUGUCGGGGUGAGAAUGAGAAGACCAUGGACAAGGCCUUAGAGAGGGCCAAGAAGGAGAGGGCGUACAACAGGUAGCUCACUACGUCCGGCCCGAUGAACACUACCCCGUUAAAAUUUUAUGUCUCGUCUUUGUUUCCAUUUACUGUUGACACUGUUUAAAGUAUUGGAUGCUGUAAAUAGUUAUUUUUGUAACUGCUGCAUAGCUGAGAAACAAGAUGGCUGCUUCCUGGUUGGGAUCAUUUUUAAAGAACGGACACAGUACAAUACAACCUGCAUGUAACUCACAUCCCCUUUGUUUUCAUCAUGCAUGCCACAUCACCCACACCAUUAUAUAUGCUCAAUUAACAAAUAAAAUGUUUGUAAACGAAGAUAAAUUUGAUGCUUUUGGUAUAAUGCAGAGUGGAUAUUUUUUACAAUAUGUGACUUAUUGUUAGCAGGAAUUACAUGCCAUGGGCAAUACUUUUUUAAAGCGACUAUAAUCUAUGUUUAAGACUAAUAAUGCGUCAAAUGACAACGUCAAAACAAGAUGCUAAAGGGGUCACUCAAUCAGUUACGAGUUAUUAGAGGGAAUACAUCACCCACAGGGUAUAUUUGUGUAUCAAUUACUCACCCUGUUACACUGAAUUUGAUAAAAAGCAAAAGCAAAAUUCUCACAUACCUCCACAGUGAACCAAGAAUAAAAAAAAAGCAGAAAAUUUGUGAUAAAUUGAAGUAUGGGGAGAUUGCGUUUAACAACAGCAAAACUGUAUCAGAGCACCCGUUUACAAACUCUCACACGACUCGUGCAGUAUAAUCCAAGUCUCAUUUGUCCAGUUGUACACUCAGUACUUCGCAAACAUGCGUUUUCAUAAGAAACUUAAGAUUGAAAACAAAAUUUUGUGUAUGAACAAGUAGUGUGCCUGGAGUUCAAACUCAUGCACUUGCCCAUGUGCACUACUUGUAUGCAAAGUUUUAAAUAUUUAAGGGUUUGGUAAAAAGGCCUGUGGUAAGGAAGACUUAACAAACAGCUGGAUAAAUGAGACCAGGGUUACACUGAGGAAUACACAAAUGAGAUGUGGAUUUUACUGUGAGACAGUUUUUUGUUAAUUGCUAAAUAUGAUGUGCUGUUAAAGGGUAGGUGUUAUACGCUGUAGCUUCAGCGUCUGUUAAAUUACUUUAUUGUAAUGUUUUGCACUGAACUAGCCAAGUAUCUGCCAUUUUCUGUGAGAAGCUGUGACUUUAUUUACAUGAAUUUGUAGAUUAAUACUUGAGGUUCUUAUUUCUAUUUGCAGAACAAAAUAUAUUCUAAAUUCUAAAUCUAAUGUUAACAGAGGUUGACAUAGUUUUGCUGUUGUUUAAUUAAUCAAGAAUGUUAACUGGUUUUAGAUUCUUUGUUAAACUGUGGACGCAUGCAAAGAAAGAGAGUUCUCAUAACGAAUUCAAUGUAACAGCAGGUGAGUAACAGAUGUGCAAAUGAUCAUAUUCCUUUAAUACAGAACUCAAAUGGUCGUAUUCAUACCGAAAGAGUUAUUGGUGGCUAUUGGUCGCUAUAACUGUUCCCCCUGCCACUACUGGCCGUGAAGUGACCCCCUUCUAAAACAAUUUAAAAGCAUAAGAUGUGGAAAGAAUCCAGUCCACACUCUGUGUUCUGACUUCUUAAGUUAUGAAAAAGCUAAUACGAGGCUCCAGCAGUUUAAGUUGGACAAUUUAAAACUGUUUCUUUAGCAUGAAAGUCUGCAUUUCAGUCGACAAUACUUGUUAAUUGAGCAGUACUGGAGGGGUAGUAACACAGUGAGGAAAUUAACUCAGACUCCUGAAGCCACAUAUAACCUUUUACUUCACUUCAGUGGGCAUUUUCACACAAAAUGACAACUGCGGAUUUCGUCCACCAUCACUCAACACUGAAACAGCUUUAAAAAGUUAAUUUUGUGGCCACUACAAAUAGGAACAAAAAAUUCUGACCUAUAAGGACAAAUUAAAAUCCCACACCCAGAACUCAAAUACAGCAGUGUACAUACACUAUAUAGUGAAUAAAUGUGAUUUUAGACAGCCUACAUUCUUCUAGACUAUAUUAUAACUUAGCUCUAAAUAAGCUGAGGAACACCUGAGAUUGAAAACUGACAAAAAAUUUGCCUAUAACCCAAGUGUAGUGUUGUUCUACCAUGAGUUUAAAAUCAUACAACAGCAGUGACAAUUCUGACCUGUUUAACCCUGUACUUUCAGAUUCCUUUCACACAUAUUUAACCCUUUGAACUCUUGAUCUUUGAGAGCAAACUGGUGUGAUGUCUUUCAAAAACACGAGAAAAAGACAAUGUGCAACUUUGUAAGAAAUGUCCCACAAAUGGCAAAGAAUUAUUUAAAAAAAAAAAACUAGGGAAAAAGAAACAAAUUAUCAUUACAUUUUUAAAAUUAUGUUACAGUAUGUUUUAUUUACAGUUUUUUAAAGUACAAUUUAAGCACUUUAUUUCCACGUCCUUUCCUUGUUUGUUUUUACCAUUUUUUUUUUAACAAAUGUUCUUUUUUCACAAAUUUCUUGCAGAUUUUUGUGUCCUUUCUUCCAUCGUUGCUCAUCGCCCUCUUCCCAUGUUUUUAAAGUAAUCAAACCAGUUCGCUCUCAGGUUUCAAAAGGUUAAUUUAAAUUUAUAUUAAAUAUAUGUAACACUGUGGAAAUAUAAGUGAAAACACAUGCAAUCCAGCAGCAGAUAUUUCACCUUAAAAAAAUAGUCAUGCUUU